AUGGUUAACUAUUGUUGUGUGGUUGGAUGCGGACGUAAUAGCAAAAGUAACAGACAUUUAAAUUUCUACAGUUUACCAAAACAAAAACACCGUCAGAAACAAUGGUUGAAAGCAGCUGGUAAAGAAGAUCUUCUAAAUCAAGAUAUGGAAAAAUUGAGAAGAAAUUUAAGAUUCUGUUCAAGGCAUUUUCCCCCUUCUUCUAUAAAGAAUAAACAUCUAAAUAUUGAUGCAGUUCCAUCAGUAAGACUACCUGGAUCAGUACCAGAACAAGAUAUACUCCCUACUGUACACGAAGGUAUAAUGUGCAAUGUAUGUUCAGAACAAAUUAUUGGUUUCCGAUAUAAAUGUGUUAUGUGCAACAACUAUGAUCUUUGUCAAAAGUGUGAGAUGCUUGAGCUACAUGAGGACCACUAUAUGUUGAGAAUACCAAAGUCUAUUAAGUUUAAAAUAGCAGACACUUUUAUAAAUAAAUGGAGAGAACUAAUUGAAUCUGAAAAUAAGACUAGUGCUUUAAAAGUUGAAGAUUCUAGUGAUGAUGAACCAAUUACUAAAUAUAGAAAAACAUCAGGUAUAGUCAACCUUCCAGAAAUUGUUAAAUGUGAAAUAAGAAAUGAAAUACAAAGAGCAAUCAAGUCAUUAAGGAAUACGGAGAAAGAGGCUCGGAUAACUGAAAGUUCAGUUGACGUAAUUAAUGUAACAAACAACAUAAGUUUAAAACCAGCGGUGGAAUCUGAAUAUGCAAACAACGUAAUUGAAAAUGGAUCAGAAAUACCAACACAAAUUGUGUUUGCAGAUGUAAAUAAUAUGAAAUGUGAAGAUGAUAAAAGUGAAGCUAUGGCCGCCUUAUCAGUUGUUAAUACAAGCACAGAGUCAGGACAAAUUCAGCCAGUUAUAUAUUUGAAGCUAAAUGAUGUUCUCACUCAACUUAUGAUUACACCAAGUGAUCAGACUGCACAGAUUAAUGACAGCAAUAUAUUUUAA